UUAUUUGAAAGUACUAGCUUUUGGAGUGCCGCUCCUUUAUCAGCUGGUGGGAGCUGAUGGUCUUCAUUUGGACCAACUUGCGGCUGCGAUCCUGAAGGAGAACAAAUCCUUUGAAGUGAACAUUCACUUAGCAAGACGCCUGCCAUUACCUGCAGAGAAUGAGCACAGCAGACCACGGAUAGACCUCAUUGUCUUCCUCAUGGAUUUGCGCAGUCAGCACAGUGUUGAAACUGUGAAGACAUCCCUGGCUUAUGUGGAUGUGAAUUAUUUCCUUGGGAAAGUUUGCUUCCUUGCAGUUGGGGGCCGGGCUGUGAAGCACCAAUCAAUAGAGAUGUAUACCCUGAAGCAACUGGCAGAUUCCUACUCAAGCCCCCUGAUUCCUGCUGAGCUGGAGUCCGCAGAGAGAAGAUCAGCGAUAGCCCAGAGACUUAUUCAGGUAUUGAAGGUAGCAGCAGGCUUGGUACCAGGCAUGUCUGCCCUUGCUCUCAGCUCGUUGACCAGACCCUCCUUCACGACUGAAACAGAGAGAUGCUGAGCAGUACAAUGAAAUGUCGGCAGUUCUUCUGUUCACGAUUGAGGAUCCACUUUGUGUUUUCUCCUGUUCACUUAGACAUGUGCAACUGCAGUUUACCUUUUGUUUCGUCUGGAAAGGAAAAAUGAUCAUAACAUAGAUUUCCUCAGCUGUGGAAUCCUCUGAUGAGAUUGCUUCUCUGAAAAUAUCUGUAAAUAAUUCACUGUGCAAUAGAAAUAAAAUAUGUUUUGUCCA